GGUCAACGUCGUGCCAUCUUCAAAGCACGCCCGCCCGCCGACGUCCGCAAUCCUUCGCGCAUACCUUGCUACCCCACGCUCGCUACCCCACCAAGCAUUGCCUCGCAGAACCGCUCGCUCUCCUCCUCUGUCGCUACCUUGGCCGAGCUGCAACCAUGGGCCGAAUACUGGUGCCGCUGGCGAUGCUCACCACGCUCGCGUCGCUGGUGAGCGCUGGGAUCGAGAUCUCAAAACCCGCAAAGGGAGCCGUGCUCACGGCCGGCGAUGCAAUUGAAGUAAAGUGGGACUUUGCUGGCAGCGGGCCCGGCGAGACCGACCUUACCACGUACCAAGUCUUCCUCUGUGCAGGCCCCAACGACCCCGGAAACGCCAACACAAUCACGUACCCGAUCACAACGUCUGGCAAUUUCGCACAGGGAGGAACUUCGGUACAGGGCAAGAUCCCCACCACGGUGGGUGGAAACACACCGUCAAAUGCAUACUACGUCAAGAUCAUCGCAGCAGGGUCAAAGGGCGGCACCUAUACAGUCUUCUCAGACCGCUUCUCCUACAAGGGCAUGACGGGCUCCUUUUCCGCCGCCUUUACCUCCGCCAUGAGCAGCGUGAAGGACACCACCGGGCCCUCCGCAGUCGACACGACCGUCAAAGAUCAGGCCGAUGUCUCCAAUGUGGCAGACGCCGAAUAUGAAGUGGAAUAUACCAUGCAGACCGGCGCCACGCGAUAUGCGCCGAUGCAACCCGUCCCGCCGACCAAGAUCACGGCCAAACAGGCAAAGCCACUGUACCCGACGAGCUCCGUGAAGAUUGCGACAGCAGCCCUGCCGAUCCCGAGCGUGCAGACGACGCUUACCCAGAGUCAGACGCACAAGGUCACCAGCAUGGAGAAUACGGUCGCGGCAGCUCCCAUGCCUUCAGAUGACAUGGCCAAAUUUUUGAGGCGUUGGGAAGACUAAUUUGGUUCGGUCAAUCGAUCAGAUGGAAUAUCGUAUGGCGUUAUUGGUGACGGCGUUGGUGAGUAUAAUCUGGCGGCAUGUUGCACGUUUGCCAUGCCAUAUCAGGGAAAGCUGUUUUAAGCAUGUCGGUUUAUGUAGUGAAAAGGCGCAGCAUGCAUGGAUUAGAUGUGAUAGAACAUUAUGUGGGAGAGCACCGCCAUUGACAAUUAUUAAGAGUUAGCAUUUGGGGCUGUUACAAAUGUUUUCUAAGCAGCAGGCUUCUAUUCUUUUCAUUCGUUCCCGGAGAUCCCAGCACUACGAUUCCUAACCCUUGACACUGACAAAAA